AUGAGCUCCGGCACCACUGCCCCGCUGAAGGUCGUCAGCAACCUUGCCAACACUGAUGUCAACUAUGUCAUCAAAGAGCAUUAUAAUUACACGGGAAAGCUAAAUGAGAAUGCGGACAGUGGAAUAAAAGUGACAUCGGUGGUUUUUAUCAUCAUUUGCUGCUUUAUAAUCUUAGAGAACAUUUUUGUCUUGCUCACCAUCUGGAAAACCAAGAAGUUUCACAGACCUAUGUACUAUUUCAUUGGAAACUUGGCUCUUUCAGACUUGCUGGCUGGAGUGGCUUACACUGCCAACCUCCUGCUAUCCGGACACAAAACCUAUAGCCUCACCCCCUCCCAGUGGUUUGUAAGAGAAGGCAGUAUGUUUGUUGCCUUGUCAGCUUCUGUGUUCAGCUUGUUGGCCAUCGCCAUCGAGAGAUACAUCACCAUGUUGAAGAUGAAACUCCACAAUGGCAGCAAUAGCUUCCGCUCCUUCUUGCUGAUCAGCGCUUGCUGGGUUAUCUCCAUGAUACUCGGAGGACUCCCCAUCAUGGGCUGGAACUGCAUCAGCCUCUUGUCCAACUGCUCCACAGUGCUGCCUCUCUACCACAAGCACUAUAUUCUCUUUUGCACCACCGUUUUCACUGGCCUUUUGCUAUCUAUCGUCGUCCUCUAUUGCAGGAUCUACUCCAUGGUGAGGACUAGGAGCCGCAGGCUGACAUUUCGGAAAAACAUUACCAAAGCUACUAGGAGCUCAGAAAAGUCGCUAGCCUUGCUCAAGACAGUGAUCAUAGUCCUGAGUGCCUUCAUUGUCUGCUGGGCUCCCUUGUUCAUCCUGCUUUUACUGGAUGUGGGGUGUAAAGUGAAGACCUGCUCAAUCCUCUAUAAAGCAGAAUAUUUCUUAGUACUGGCCGUGCUUAAUUCGGCCACAAACCCUAUCAUCUACACCUUGACAAACAAAGAGAUGCGGAGGGCUUUCAUCAAGAUUCUGUGCUGUUGCAAAUGCCCCCCAGCAGAUUCUGGGACCAAAUUCAAGAGGCCAAUCAUCGGAGGGAUGGAGUUCAGCCGGAGUAAGUCUGACAACUCCUCCCACCCACAGAAGGAGGAAGGUGACCGUCCUGAAACGGUCAUGUCUUCGGGCAAUGUUACCUCAUCUUCUUAGGAGUAACCAUGGGGGUGUAUUUCAGAGCCUUCCUCUGAAACCGGGGAGCUGAGACGCCUCCUGCUCACGGCGGCAGCGCUGGGCUAAGUGAGCGAGUAGCAUUAGUUCUAAUGAGACAAACGGUGCACUUGCGAGGCUGGAGUUCAAGAAAUGGGACAGACUGUUCUGGCUUGAAAAUCUUUUUCCCUGGAGCAUGUUUUGUCUUUGCACUGAGGCAGCUCAGGAUUGUCAGGCGUAUUCAUAUCCUGAAAUCUCCUUAGUAACUCUGAAAGACUGAUGCCUUGGUGAAAUUAUGCCUGGUGUGU